UACACGACGGGUUUUAGGGUUUAAGAACAAUCUCCGUGCCACUCCCAUUGCAACCAACACAUCUCUCACUCUUCCUUCCAUUGUUGAGUUCUUCUCAGUUCCUUACUGCUAAUAUCGACUCACCAUGUGGGCUCUUCGUAGAGCUUCUGCUCCUCUUAGGAAUCAAGGGUACAGAGUAAGAACUUCAUAUGUCUUUGGCAAACUAGAGGUACCAUAUUUUUGGGAAGGAAAUGUAGCUGGUUUUGGAACCACUGCCGCAUUAUCCGACAGAUUCAUUUCUUUUGAGAGAAAUAACCUUGAAACUUGGCCGUCCUCUGGGGUUUAUAUUAGUAGUCACGGUCUAUCUACACAAGCUGGUGCUGAGAACAGUGGAGAGGAAGGUAAUGUGGAAGAUAAUGAAGAGGAACUAACUUCUGGAUCAGAAAUUGAUGACGAUGAUGACGUUGAUGAUGAGACUCAAAAUGAACUGGAUUUACCUGAGGGAGAAACUGGACUUGCUGAAAAGAUAUCUACAAAAGGGGCUCCUUCAGAACUUUUCAAUAUUAUUUGGAAAGCUCCAGGUUUAUCUGUCCCUAGUGCACUUGAUAAGUGGGUCAGUGAAGGAAAAGAACUAAGCCGGGCCGAUAUCUCUUUGACCAUGCUCUAUCUUCGUAGACGUCGGAUGUUUGGGAAGGCUUUGAAGUUUUCAGAGUGGUUGGAAGCAAAUGGGAAACUUGUUACUGACAGAGAUUAUGCUUCUCAGCUCGACUUGAUUGGAAAGUUACGAGGUCUCCGUAUGGCAGAGAAUUACAUUGCUAAAAUUCCCAAGUCUUUCCAAGGUGAGGUGGUAUACCGAACUCUUUUGGCUAACUGUGUGAUGUCCACCAAUGUACGAAAAGCGGAGGAAGUAUUCAACAAAAUGAAGGACCUUGAAUUCCCCAUCACAGCAUUUGCUUGCAACCAGUUGCUUCUUCUUUACAAGAGGACUGACAAGAAGAAAAUAGCCGAUGUUUUGUUGUUGAUGGAGAAAGAAAAUGUCAAGCCUUCUCCGUUUACUUACAAAAUCUUAAUAGAUGCUAAAGGCCUUUCUAAUGACAUAAGUGGGAUGGAACAAGUUGUUGAUACAAUGAAGGCUGAAGGAAUUAAACUUGGUGUUGGUACACUUUUACUAUUAGCUAAACACUAUGUUUCAGCUGGGCUUAAAGACAAAGCGAAGGCCACUUUAAAGGAGACGGAAGAAAUUAACUCCAAAGGUUCUCGACGGCCAUGCAGAUUUUUACUACCCCUUUAUGGAGAACUCCAAAUGGAAGAUGAAGUGAGGAGGCUCUGGGAGAUCUGUGAGUCAAAUCCUCAUGUUGAAGAAUGUAUGGCUGCCAUUGUUGCUUGGGGAAAGCUGAAGAACGUCCAGGAAGCAGAGAAAAUUUUUGAUAGAGUUGUAAAAACAGGGAAAAAGCUAUCCACUAGACACUAUUCUACCAUGAUGAACGUUUAUAGAGACAGUAAGAUGUUGACGAAGGGCAAGGAACUAGUCAAUCAGAUGGCAGAGAGCGGUUGCAGCAUGGAUCCGUUUACAUGGGAUGCAGUUGUGAAACUCUAUGUGGAAGCAGGGGAGGUAGAAAAGGCAGACUCUUUCUUGGUUAAGGCUGUUCAGCAAAGCAAGAAGAAGCCAUUGUUUGCCACAUACAUAGCUCUCAUGGAUCACUAUGCAAGUAGGGGAGAUGUUCCCAAUGCUGAGAGAAUUUUUGAUAAGUUGAGAAUAUUGGGUUAUGUGGGUCGAUUCACCCAAUAUCAAACUCUAAUACAGGCAUACGUUAAUGCCAAGACUCCAGCCUAUGGUAUGAGAGAGAGAAUGAAGGCAGAUAAUAUAUUUCCAAACAAAGCUUUGGCAGGACAGUUAGCUCAAGUUGAUUCUUUCAAGAUGACAGACGUGUCCGAUUUGCUUGAUUGAGAGAUAUAACCCGUUACUUUUGGUAUGUAUAAACUCCCCAGAUUUCAAGUUUAUGGUUAGAAUCAUGUAUUUGUUCGUUAGUCUGGUGGAUGCGAUUUGGUAGAUGAACUCAUGAAAGUAUAUAGCUCUUAGGACAAAGAGAUUGCAAAAUUGGAUCCUGUUGCACCUAUGUUUUAUUGUCCAAUUUUUUCUUAGAGCUAAAAAUGGUUUAUUAUUGUAUGUUUCCCAACUUUAAUUCGUCAAAUGAAUUCGACAAAUCUUCUGACUGCUA